AUGAGAAAACUAAAUAUCGGUAGUGAUGAUGGUGCACCUAUCUCGAGUAUUCAAAAGGAUAAACCUAUUGAUCCUUACUCAGAUCCUCAAAGUGAAAGAGAAGUCUUCGGAGGAUUAACCUAUGAAGAGUUCGAUAGAGAAUACAGAUAUCAAUACAAUUCGUCAUCUGAUCCUGAUCUAAAGGAUACGAUUUCUGGAGAAAGUGAUUACAUCAGUUUCAAAGCCUUCCCGAAUGCUAAAAUUAGGAAGAUUGUUUACCUACCAAUAAUCGAUACAGAAGAUGAAUUCGACGAUUGGGUCAAGUGCCUAAUUGUACAAAUUAAAAUAUCUGGACUAGAGAGUUACGUUCCCAACAAAGAGAAUAAUUGGUCCUCUGUCAUAAUGAAUAACAAAAGGUUAAACUCAUACAUCAUGCGUAUGUGGAAAAAAUGUAUCCCAGAAGAAUGCUGUCCAGCCUGGGUAGAGUUUACACCAUACAAUACGGACGACUCUUCUAACAUUAUAGCAUUGGAACUAUUGACAGCAUAUGACCGGAGGAACAAAAAUAGAGAAAUAUGGAGAGAAGCUAUAAAUCAAACUAACAAAUAUAUGUCUUCAUCGGAUAUUGGGAAAUUAUGGAAGGAAGGAAACAAUGUGUACCGCAACUUCUUUUGUAGUAAGAAACAUCAUGACGUUGAGAUGAUACUAGAAUGUCUAGAACAAAUGAUGAUAGAAAACUAUGCCAACAAAUGUGAGAAAUUAAAAAAGGAACUGGAGAACAAUGAAAACAUCAAUCUACCAACCGCCUUGAAAUUGUUACACAAUGAAUCUAAGAAACCAGUAAAGUUAAUUACAUUGAACAAAGUUCAACAACAAACAAUGAUUUUGAUGACGUUUCGUCAGGAACUGAUUCAUGUUUUCUUAGUUCAGAUUAAUCAGAAAUGUUUCUAUCUCGAGAAUGUCAGAGAUAUCAUGCUAGAUUCUGGAACAACCGUAGCGUUGGUCACUAACAAAAAUUUGCUAUACAAUAUCAAAGAUGAAUCCAACAUUAAAUUGCUUGCAGCAGGACAAAAUGAAAUUACAGUUGAAGGAGAAGGAAUCCUAAAACUUAAAUUGAAUGAAAACAUUUCAAUUGAAAUGAAAGCGAUGAUUGUACCAUCAAUCAAGAUAAAUAUAAUACCAUUAGCGUCACUAUAUGAGAAUAACCUACACGUUGAUGAAACUUGUGACAAUAUAAAAUCAUUAAAUGGUGAAACAAUUACGUCUAUCUUCAAGAAAGACAAGUUAUUGUGGAUUUCAGGUAAUCACAUUCAAUUACCAACUGAAGAACACAAAGUCUAUCAAACAACGAAAUCCAAGAAAUAUAAGGUCACAUUAAGAGAAUUACACAGACGUCUAGGACACACAAAUGUCAGAUGUGUUAGAGAAACAGUUAAAAGAGGCGGAAUUGAAGAUUUAUCAAUGUCCGAUGUUAACUGGGAAGGGAUUGACGAAUUCCAAUGUGAAUCAUGCAUGAAAGGAAAAGCUUCAAGGCAUCCACACAUCAAGAAUUCUAGAGACCAAUACAAUGAAAAGUAUGGCCCUUUCGAAUAUAUACACACAGACAUAUUUGGACCAAUAAGACUAAGUGAAGACUCUAAAAGUUAUAGGUAUAUGAUUACUUUCACUGACGAAUGUACUAGAUAUACGUGGACUAUCCCAUUAUAUCUAAAAACAGAAAGGCAAGUCAGAGUAGCAUUCCUUACCAUAAUAAAACAAACUCGGACUCAAUAUAACAAACGAAUAAAAGUUUUCCAUAUGGAUAGAGGAUCAGAAUACACAAGUGAAUGGAUCCGACAGGUACUUAAAAGUCGCGGAGCCAAACUAAUUUACACAACGGUAGCUGAUUCAAGAGGCAAUGGAGUCGCUGAACGACUAAACAGAACUCUACUUGACCGAUGCCGUACGUUGUUAGAAGAAACAGGCCUAUCCAAGGAAUUCUGGUAUCAUGCAAUAGAGCAUGUCGUAUACGAUUUAAACCAUACUUAUAAGGAAAAGCUAAAGUGUUCACCAAUUGAGAAGGCUGGCAUUAAACCACCUAAAUUAAAACAUAUACAUGCAUUUGGUCAACUAGCUUGUUAUCGUAUAAAUACAAACUCUAAACUCGAUAAUAGAGCAAAACUUGGUUAUCUUUUACAUCCAUCACAAGAAUCCUACGGAUAUAUUAUCCUGGAUGCUGAAACAAACAAACUUGUUGACACCACAGACUUCAGACCAUUUUACAAAAACGGGCCUGAAGGGAUCACCGAAAAGGAAUUCUAUGAACAAGUUGGAAAAUGGUUACAUAAAGCACAAACUAAGAUAAGCUCGAACAGUCAGGAGGAAAAGAAUGAACCAGAAUUCACUACGGAACCUCACAAUAAGAGACGAAAACUAGCAGUACAAGAGUCUGAAAAGAACAAAUCCUCAAACAAUGAUUCGGACACCGUGAGACAUGAAGAAAAUCUUGAUACACAAGAUAUAUCCUCAUGCGGGGGUGGGGAAAUACACUCAGAUCCGAAAGAUGAUUCAACAAAAGAAUCAGAUAGCGACUCAACGAAGUUAGCUAGCGCACAAGACUCACAAGUAUCACACAAUCCAAACACAGAAAGUGAGCAAACUACAGCAGAAGAAUUCACAGCCCACAAACACCCAAACGACGACUUCAAUCCGUUACAAGAUGCGCACAAACAAUUAAAACGGAAAAUCACUGAGACAGUCGAAGAUCCAGAAGAAGGAUCGGAAAAGAGAUUUCGAGUAAACUAUGUAAAAGCAGUAACAGAUCAUGAUACAAUCCCGUAUUCCGAGGAUGCCACACUAUCAUACUCACAAGCAAUUACCGGUAAUAAAAACAAGCUAUUGAGAGAUCAGUUUACUCAGGCCUUCAAUAAAGAAAUUAAUCAGAUGCGUAAAAUGCAUGUCUGGGACGAAAAUAAUCUAAUAGAUAUUUCGGAGGUAGACCGAAAUAAAGUGAUUAACCCAAUGCUAGUGUUCAGCAUUAAAAGAGAUGGUACGAAGAAGUGUAGAUUGGUUGCAAGAGGAGACCAACAAGACCUCAGCACUUAUUCGAAAGAUAGACAACAAGAUACCAUCAACAACAUGGCGCUUAUGACAGUGUUAGCUGUAGCACUAGAUCAUAAUUUAAUUAUCAAACAAUUGGAUAUUUCAUCCGCUUACCUAUACGCUGAUCUUAAAGAGGAGAUAUAUAUUCGUGCACCACCUCAUAUCAAGCAAAAGGAUAAAGUAUUAAGACUCAAUAAAUCCUUAUACGGUCUAAAGCAAAGCGGAGCCAAUUGGCAGAAAACAAUUAAGGAUUACCUAAAAGGCAAAUGUGAAUUGGAAGAAAUGAGAUUUUGGCCUUGCGUCUUUACUAAAGGUAAAUUCCUAGAAAUAAUUGUAUGUUUAUUCGUUGAUGACAUAGUCAUAGCCGGCAACAACGUUAACACAAUAAACCAAUUCAUAACAGAUCUACAAAACAGAUUUGAUACUAGAAUAGUGAACGACGGUUCACCAAACGAACGUGACGCAGUUCGAUAUGACAUCUUGGGCAUAGAUGUAGAAUACAAAAAGGGUGUAAGCAUGAAGUUUGGAAUGCUAGAAAGUUUAACUAAGAAACUACCACUACUAGGGGUUGAAUUCAAGAAAGAAUCAAGAUACAACAUAGUCCCAGGAACCCCAAACAGAUCUUUAAAUCAAGAUUUGGAUAUACCAUGUGAUAAAGAUUACAAUGCAAAAGUAAAUUGGAUCCAAAGAGCGAUUGGAUUAAGCAAUUACGUUGCCAUGAAGUACAGAUUUGACAUAGCGUACUAUACUAACAUAUUAGCACAACAUCAACUAUACCCCAGUGAUGCGGUACUAUUUGAGACUGAAAGAUUAUUGCAGUACUUAUGGACGACGAGAGGCAAACGUUUAGUGUGGAAACGAAACGAAAAGGAGACGUCAGAGUUAAUAGGCCUAACAGACGCAUCUCAUGCCAAAGGUUUAAAAUAUAAAUCCCAAGCAGGAUACUUUUGCAUAUGGAAUGGAAAGAAAUUAUUUGCAAGAUCAACUAGAACAUCUUAUGUGUGUGAAUCAUCCACACAAUCUGAGACAUACGCUGCAAGUGAAUGUCUUGCAAUAUCAAGAAGUAUAAAUUAUCUACUUUCUACGCUCACCGGUAAGAAACCAGAUCAGAUUUUACUUACCGAUAACACAGCACUAAUAAAUUCGAUAAAGGGAACUAAAACCAUAAAACCUGGAUCCAGACAUAAUGAUUUAAAACUUUAUGCCAUGAAGGAUAAAUACUCAGAAGGUGAAUUAAAGGUUGAACAUAUUCCGACUAAACAAAAUGAGGCAGACCUAUUAACUAAACCGUUGAAGAUAAAACAAUUCAAAGUACUAACUGACAAGUGGAUCAAGUAA